AUGGGUAAUAGUCAAAAUCGCGAAGUUCAGGCGCUCACUGUUGCCGGAGAUGAAAAGUUUGCAAUUGGAUUUUAUAAAGAAGCACUAAUACUAUUUCAUCGAGCGGUUGAGAAAGUUACCAGUACCGAACAAAAAUUAGAUUGUGUGAAUCAGAACUUAGCGGAUCUGUAUCGUCGCAUUGCUUAUGCUUAUUUCAAUUCUCAUAAGUAUAAAACGGCCAAUGAAUUUUGUAGUAAAUCGUACCAAUGUGCAAACCAGGUUAAUGAUAAACUGCGAAUGGCCUAUUGUAUCGAUAUCUACGGCCAUCUUGAGAAAGUAUGGGAACAAUAUGAUGAAGCUUUGCAUGAUUACCAACUUGGGCUAAAGUACAAGAUAGACUCUGUUACAGAAGAUGAUGGCCCAAUUAUUCACUCCUAUAAUAAUAUUGCCAGUAUCUACUACAUUGUCGGAAACUAUGAUGAAGCAUUGGUUAUGCAAAAUAAAUGCUUAAAACUACAAAUGAAAUUAUCUGGCGAAGACAGCUUACAGGUAGCCACAUUACAUUACAACAUUGCUGAGAUAUAUGAAGCUACGAGGAAAUAUGAAGUGGCGUUGUUUAUGCUUGAUAAAGCUUUAAAUAUUCAAAUAAAAGUAUUGGGAUCUGAAAAUAAGCAUGUCGCGGAAACAUACCGUAAAAUAGCUUCUGUUCUUUCGCUACAACAUAAAGACGAUCAAGCACUUACUAGAUAUCAAAAGGCGCUAGAUAUCAAUCUAAAAAUAUUGGGCGAGAACAACCUGACCGUUGCUGAUACAUAUAAAAGUAUGGCUACUACACUACAGUCUUUGAAGCUAUAUGAUGACGCAAUUCUUAUUUUUUAUAAGGCUUUGAAAAUUCAGAUCGAAAUUUUAGGAACAGAUCAUGGCCACGCGGGCGAUAUUUAUUAUAAUAUCGGAUGUGUAUAUCAAGCAAAACUACAGCAUAGGAACGCUUUGAGAUAUCAUCAGAAAGCAUUAAAUAUCCUAUUGAAAAAUCAAGGAGAACAUCAGUCUGAUAUAGCAAAAUCUUACCAAAAAUUAGCAAGUACUUACUUUUCACUAGGAAGAUUUAAUGAAUCUCUCACCUUUUAUAAUGACGCAGUAAGAAUUGCUAUUGGAAAGUUUGGAGAAGAUCAUCCGUAUGUGGCAGCAAUAUACAGCAAAAUUGGUAGAGUUUACUAUUCAAUGAAAAGUUACAAGGAAGCUUUAGUAAUGCAUCAGAAAGCACUAAAAAUUCGUACAGAAUUUCAUGGUGAAUAUAAUAAACAAGUCAUUAAAUCACGCAAUGAAAUUGCUAGAAUAUAUACAAUGUUAGAUGAUAAGCACAGCCAAGCUUUAAUGAUGCUUAAGACAUCACUUCAGCUACAAUUAAACUGUUACGGCAAGAAUAGUAGCUAUGUCGCUGGGACUUAUAUCGAUAUGGCUUACAUUUAUAUGUCUGAUAAAGCAUUCGACGAUGCAGCAGAUAUGUGUCAGGAAGCUUUGAAAAUCAGUUUAAAGUUGCCAUCAGAUGAAAGUAAUCAAUAUGCGGCUGAGUGCUAUUAUAAUUUGGGCUCUAUUUAUGCAUUACAGAAUCAUUUUAACGAAGCAAUUUCAAUGUAUCAGAAAUGCAUCAACGUACGAAAAGAGCUAGAUGAUGAGAGCAGUAAUAUUAUUGCCAUCACUUACAGCGAAAUGGGAUCAGUCUAUCGUUUACAACAAUUAUAUGAAGAUGCAAUAUUGAAGUAUCAAUUAUCACUUAAAAUCUACCUAAAAUUAUCUCCUUAUAAUUAUGAUGUCGGAUAUUUAUAUAGUUGUUUAGGGUACUGCUAUCAGUGUUUAAAUAAUUAUUUAGAUGCAUUAUCAAUGUAUGAAAGUUCAUGGAGGAUUUAUUCGGAAGUUGAUGGAGCGGAUAGUAUAGCUGUUGCCGACAUCUACGUUAGUAUAGCGGAUACGUAUCGCCUACAAAGUAAUUACAAUAAUGCUGUAUCAAAUUACGAAAAGUCCUUUAAGAUUCGUGUUGAGAGAAAAUCUGUGAGUGAUAAGCAAAUAGAGAUAUAUCAUCAGCUGAUGGAAGAAAUAGAGGAACAUAAUGCAAAUAAAGCGUUAGUCUGUGAAAAAUUAUCUCAUUUGUUAGUUCAGAUGGCAGAGAAUUCGGUCAGGGAUGGUAGCGGGAAAGGCAUGCCAAUCACCAGCAUGGAAAAAAAAGAACGAGAAAUAUUCCAAGAUUCGGACUCUUAA